UGCACAUACAAGUGCUCCACUUGCUAACAAAAGAAAACUUGCUUCCGCCCUGACCUGGUCUCCGUUAAUUUGCUUGUCCAAAUCAUCUACAUAGGCGCGAAACAAUAAGGAAAUCGGUCGUUCAGCGGUGUAGCGUUUGCUGUGCAGGGCCCCGCGCCCCGAACUUCGCUCGCCUCAUUCCAUUUAAUACAGUCGAUGAUGCCUGAAAAUAUGAUUCUGGAGUGUCAACUAAGACUGUAAAUUGCUGUCGGCACGGUGGGCACUGCGGCUGGUCGGCCUUGCAACGAGCGCAUGUGCACACUGGUUCGGAGGCUUGGAGCGAUCGCGGGCCGCAGCGCUGCGUGUGCUGCGGUAGCUCCAUAAACUCCUAUAUUGAUGGAACCCACGGCGCAAGACCCGCGGCGCCAGAGCGGCGCCGGCGCACCGCCACAGCCAGCGACGGGCGGGACGGUCAACCUCCGCGGCAGCACCGAGUUUCUCGAAAAGGGCGACGCCGUGGGCGCAGGCCAAUACAGCGCAUCCGCUGGCGCUGGCGUCGCCGCUGACGUUGCCGCCGCGUCGCCGCCGCCGCCGCUGGUGCUGCCGCAGCGGCCGGCCUCGCCGCCUGCCGCCUCCUCGCCCGACGUUCCCUCGCCCGCCUGCCCGCCCGGCGCAACCGCUGGCGAGCUUCGAGCCCUAGCGGCGGCUCUGGACGACAGCCGACUUGAAGACGCCACAGCAGCAUCACCGGCCGCGCCGUCGCCGCCAGGCGCCGCCGCGGCGCCCUCGCGGCUGCACGUGCGCACUGGCACGGGCGGCACCGGCGGUGGUGAUGGCACGGACGACUACGCCGAUGACCAGUUCGAUCCGGAGUCGCCGGCGCCUGCAUUAACCUCGGCAUCGGCAUCGGCAUCAGCGGCCGCGCAGCGCGCCGCCAGCAACGCCGCCGGCGCAGCUGCGGGCCAGCGGCCGCGCACCGGCCAGAGCUACUUGGAAGCAGCCUACAGUCCCAAAGCGUCGCCAACCGGGGGGGCCGCAGGGGCAGGGGCGGCAGGCGGCAGCCGGCCCGGCACGGCGUCACUCGCCGCCAUCUAUGGCGCCGGCGCCGGCAAGGGCACCACUGCCGCUAGCCCGCACCCCUCCAGUGCGUAUGCGGGGCUGCCGGACUCCCUGCGGCCAGCCUACGUGACCGCCGCCCCCAGCUCCGCCGCACCGGUGCCGGCGCCCUUGUCAUUAUCAUCAUCUCGGCCCUCGGCGGCAGCGCUGGCGGCUGGCGGGAGGCAGUCGGGCGGGGCCAUCUCGCCGACUGGAAGCGCAAGGGAGGGAAGCAUUGGCGGCGGCGGCGGCGGGGGGCAGCUGGAGGCUUCGACGUCCGCACGCGCCGCCGCCAACGCGGCGGCGGCGGCGGCGCUGGCGGCGACGUCGCCCUACGCGCCGCGGCCGCCGUCUCGCUCCUCCGGCUCCGCCUCCUCACCGCGGGCCUCUCAAGGCUCACUGCCAGGGGGCCCUGGGACUGGGACUGGGACUGGGACUGGGACUGGGACUGGGGCUGGGGCUGGGGCUGGGGCUGGGGCUGGGGCUGGGGCAGAGCGGCCGGGAUCGGCGGCGGGCGGUCGAGGGGAUGCAGGGCGGCCGCAGCCGGCACGCGAGGUCAGCGCCGCCAGCAGCAGCAGCGGCGCCGGUGCCGGGGCCGGGGCCGGGGCCGGCGGCUCCCUGCGCCGCAGCAGUGGCGGCGGCGGCGGCGGCGGCGGGUACGGCGGUGGGGCCGCGGCGGCAAACGGGCAACGUGGGCAGAGCGGGGCGGGCAGCAGUGCUGGGCCGGCGCGGCCGGGCGCGGUUGCGGGCGCUGUGGGCGGGCGGGCAGCUGCCGCCGGCGCCAGGCCUGGUGCGGGGCCGGGAGCUCGGGUUGGCGCUGGCGGCCGCAGCUGGCGUGAGGAGCUGUUUGAGGAGGAGGACCCCGCGGUGGUGCUGGAGCAGUCCCUGGCGCUGGUGGGCGAGAUUGAGGGCCUGAUGCGGUCCAGUGUGGGCGCGGGGGCCGACACGCCCCUGACGGACCUGGAGCCAGCCGCCGCAGCCCGCAUACCGCAGGAGCUGCUGGAUGCGCUGGAGGACACACUGGAGGUCAUUGCCAUGGCCCGGGAGGAGAUAGACGCGGCGGCGGCGGCGGCGGCCAGCCCCUCCCGCAGCGGCUCCGCCAGAGCACGUGGCGGCGGCGGCGGGUACGGCAGCUCGUCACAGCCACAGUCGCAGUACGGCGCCCGCCCGUCAUCCAGCUCGCAACGCGCCAGCUCCAGUGGGUACGGCGGCGGCGGCGGGUACGGCGGUGGUUACGGCGGCGGCGGCGGCGGUUACGGCGGGCGGACGAGUGGCAGUGGCGGCGCGCCCAGCCGGUCACCUGCGGUACCGCAGUCCCUGCCACGCCUUGGCAGCGCGGGAGCCAGCCGUGGCGGGGCAUACGGGAGCCCCGCCAGCGGCUACGGCCGUUCCUCGCCCGCGCCGCCGCCCCCCGGCCCCGGCCUGCUGCACCGCUCGCCCUCCCACGGCUCCUACACCUCCCCCUCCGGCCCCACCGGGCCCGGCCCCGGCACUACCGGUAGCGGCACACCCACGCACUCCGGCAGCGCCAGCCGCCAGAGGCACUCCGCCUCUGGCGGCGCAGCCGCCGGCGGCGCCGCAGGCGCCGGCACGCCGCUGGCGUCUGCUCGCAGCACCACCAGCGUCGCCUCCUCCACUGCGUUGAGUAUGGCGGUGAGUGUGGAGACGGCGGCGGGCGGCGGGCGGCGGGCCUGGCACAAGGAGGCGCCGCCGGAGGAGUGGCUGGCGGCCAAGCGGGGCGCGGCGGAGGCGGAGCGGCGGCGGCGGGAGGCGCAGCUGGCGGCCGACCUCAAGUUCUUGCAGCAGGCUCGCGCCAAGGCUGCGGAGGUGGCGGCCCAGCACGAGGCGCUCAUGGCGGCGGCGGACGAGUCGGUGCGGGCGGCGCGCAGUGCCAAGGCCAGCUCCGAGGCGCAGCACCGCUGGCUGCAGUACCAGGAGCAGCUGGCGGAGGCGGCCAGGCGGCAGCAGCACCAGCACCAACUGGCGAGGGCGGGGCCAGGCGGGGGCGGGAGAGGCGGAGGCGGCGGAGGCUAUUGCGAGGACGAUGGGUAUGGUGACGGGUACUGAGUGGCUGGGACCGAGGGGCUGAGCGAGGGGCCUGGGUGAGAGGCGGAGCGCGGUAGGUAGGUAGAGCGCGGGAGUGGACUGGGCGGGUCUGGAUGGAGGG